AUGAAGCUCAAGAGUCUCCUGCUCCGGUAUUACCCGCCAGGAAUUAUGCUGGAAUAUGAAAAAAGUGGACAAUUAAAGACCAAAUCCAUAGACUUGCUUGAUCUUGAUCCCAGUACAGAUGUCAGUGCAUUAGUAGAAGAGAUACAGAAAGCAGAACCUCUCAUCACAGCUUCACGAUCAGACCAGGUCAAACUUUUAAUACAGAGAUUACAAAAUAAACUUGGACAACACAGCAACCACAAAUUCUAUCUUUUUAAGGUUCUCAGAGCACAUAUACUGCCACUGACUAACGUUGCACUUAAUAAAUCAGGCUCAUGCUUUAUCACAGGAAGCUAUGAUCGGACGUGCAAGCUCUGGGACACUGCCUCUGGAGAGGAGCUUCACACCCUGGAGGGUCACAGGAAUGUGGUGUAUGCCAUAGCGUUCAACAACCCUUAUGGUGACAAAAUUGCCACUGGGUCCUUUGAUAAGACUUGUAAACUAUGGAGUGUAGAAACUGGAAAAUGUUACCAUACCUUUAGGGGUCAUACAGCAGAAAUAGUAUGUUUAUCAUUUAAUCCUCAAAGCACACUGGUGGCGACUGGAAGCAUGGACACGACAGCCAAGCUCUGGGACAUUCAGAGUGGAGAGGAAGUUUUCACCUUAACAGGACACUCAGCUGAAAUCAUCUCCUUGUCCUUUAACACGUCAGGAAACAGGAUCAUCACGGGCUCUUUUGAUCACACAGUUACAGUGUGGGAGGCUGAUACUGGAAGGAAGGUGUAUACCUUAAUCGGACAUUGUGCUGAGAUCAGCAGCGCCUUGUUCAACUGGGAUUGCUCUCUGAUAUUAACUGGCUCUAUGGACAAAACCUGCAAGCUUUGGGAUGCUGUAAAUGGAAAAUGCGUGGCAACAUUAACGGGCCAUGAUGAUGAAAUACUAGACAGCUGUUUUGAUUAUGCCGGAAAGCUUAUUGCAACUGCUUCAGCCGAUGGAACAGCAAGGAUUUUCAGUGCGGCCACAAGAAAAUGUGUUACCAAAUUGGAAGGCCAUGAAGGAGAAAUUUCAAAGAUUUCUUUCAACCCGCAAGGCAACCGCCUUCUCACUGGGAGCUCUGACAAAACAGCUAGAAUCUGGGAUGCUCAGACUGGUCAGUGCCUCCAGGUUCUUGAGGGACACAUGGAUGAGAUCUUCUCCUGUGCUUUCAACUAUAAAGGUGACAUAAUCAUUACAGGCAGUAAGGAUAAUACCUGUAGGAUAUGGCGGUGA